CGAGGGAGGCGAGCGGUACAUUGGAGAUUGCAGCGGGGCAGCGUCCACAUCAUCUCCGCUUUGCAUUGUUGCCCUAUCCCAUGUUAUCUCGGAGUGCAAGAAAACUACGUGAGGAAUAUGGUUACAAGCCGUGCUCCGCCUGCCUAGCAAUUCGUUUACAGCAGUAUUCCUCAUUUUAGCGACUUGGGGCUGGGUCGUAGCGUUUAAUCUCCAGAAAGUAGAGGAUAUUCUGCCUUUUUCUACUCCAUUGCAAAUAUCAGUCUCCUGGAGGAAGACGCUUCGUGAACAAGUUUAUAAAUGGUGGAGGCCGUUGUGGAGUUUGACUACCAGGCCCAGCACGAUGACGAGUUGACCAUCGCCGUCGGCGACAUCAUCAGCAACAUCAGGAAAGAUGAAGGGGGCUGGUGGGAGGGCGAGGUGGCCGGCCGCAGGGGCCUGUUCCCAGACAACUUCGUCAGGGAGAUUAAGAAGGAGGUGAGGAAGGACGUGAGUCUGGCUUCUCAGACGACCGGGCUGAAGUCUGACAUGUCCAAUGGCAGCGCCAGCCCUGCAUCAGAGUCCAGCCUCCGGCCAGCCAAGAAAGGCGAGGCCAUACGGAAAAGACGCUGCAAAGCCGCUUUUAGCUACAUGCCACAGAACGACGACGAGCUGGAACUGAAGAUCGGAGACGUCAUCGAGGUGCUAUGUGAGGUGGAGGAGGGAUGGUGGGAGGGCUACCUGAAUGGCCGGACAGGCAUGUUCCCCUCCAACUUCACCAAAGGGCUGACGGCCGACGAUGAGGACCCGGCCACCCCGCCGGAGGACACCCGCAGCACGCGGACCAGUGUUAAGGACAGCACAGGCUCAGAGAGCGAUGGUGGAGACAGCAGUAGCGUGCGAUCCGAUGGGGGCAGCAUGGCCUCCAGCACGGAGAUACAGCCCAAGAAGGUGCGCGGUUUUGGUUUCGGGGACAUCUUCAAAGAUCAGCCCAUUAAGCUCCGCCCCCGCUCCAUGGACAUGGAGAAUGAGCUGGAGAAGCAACAGACAGCGAAAAAAGCAGCCCCAGCUGUUGCCCAGGAAACCAUGAAGACAGAGCCUGACAGCAAGAGUAAAGGAAAGGAAUUCUGCAAAGUGCUAUUCCAAUAUGAUGCCCAAAAUGAGGAUGAACUGUCAAUCAAAGAGGGAGACAUUGUUACUAUUAUUAGUAAGGAAUGCGCUGAUGCUGGCUGGUGGCUAGGGGAGCUGAACGGUAAACAGGGUGUGUUUCCUGACAACUUUGUGAAGCUGUUCAUUCCAGAGACAGAGAAAGAGAGGCCUAAGAAGCCGCCUCCCCCAGCAGCUCCAGCUACUAAGCACAUUACAGAUAAAAAGCCAGAGGUUAGAAAGGUGCCCCCCGAGCGUCCGGAGUCUCUCCCUCAGAGAACGGAGGAGAAAGGUGAGGAGAUAAAGUUGGCAGAGAUCCAGAAGCCAGCCCUGCCUGCCGUGCCUCCAAAGAAGCCUUUGCCCCCGAAAAACAACAACUCCCUGAGCCGCCCCUCCUCCCUGCCACCCAAACGUCCCGAGAGGCCCGAACGACCCGCCAUGCCCAACAUCCAGGGUGACAGUCCCGGUUUCACUCAAGAUCGGCCUCAUUCCAACAAACCUGAUGACAUAGAUGUGGACGACUUCGACUCCAUCAUCUCCUCCACAGAGAAACUCAACCACCCCACGGCAUCCAGGCCCCGCGUGAUGGACCGCCGACCGCGCUCGCAGAUCUUCGCAUCCUCCUCUCUAUCCAGUCCUGAUCUCUUGGAGUCAUCCUCUCUGGAAGAGGAGAAAAGAGAGAGGGAGAAGGGGAAAGAGGAGCAGGACUCUUUUACUCCCAAAUCACUUGACAGUUCCAGAAAGAUGUCCAAGGCAGUGCCUGUCAUAACGACCCCUGAUAAGUCCUCCCUGCCUCCAAAGCCCUUGACCCACUCCGUGUCUUCCGGCCCCGGCGGGGCCUCCCUCCUCCCGGCCCAGGCCGGCAGCGCCACCCUGAGGCCCCACUCCCCCUCCAUGGAGGGCAGGGGGAAGGGCGAGCAGGGCUCCCCCACGCUGGAUGAGCUGAGGGCGCAGCUCCGAGACCUGCGGGCGACCGUCGAGCUGAUGAAGAGCCAGCACAAGCAAGAGAUGAAGCAGUUAGUGAGAGAGCUGGACGAGGAGAAGAAGAUCCGUUUGUCCCUGCAGAUGGAUGUAGAACACAUAAAGAAACUCUUAUCCAAAUGAAUGCACUCAAGCUGGAUGUACAACCCCCAACAUUUUGGUUGAAGUUCAAACCCGAGCCGGAGCCAAACUAAUUUGUGCCAAAAGAAAAAUGAAUGAUGACACCCAAGAACAACAGCAUAGAGAAAACAAGAAACUGUUUUCCCCUCUUCCAACGUCACCCCUUUCGUUUGUCUGAUGUUAUUUUAUUUUAUUAGGCUUUUUAUGUAAUGCAUGGACUAAGUGCAACCGCGCCCAGACCUAAGUACCUGGUCGUAACUUAACCCUGGUCAUGUGACAGGCGAUGGCUUUGGCCAUGGUGAAGGGCUAGCAGUCUGCAGAAACUGUUAAUAUUGGUGAGUUUCCAGUCACCCUGAUGGUUUGGUAGCACUGCUUUUGAUGGAAAAACUCAGCACAUUAGCAAAAAUGAGGUGAAGCUGGUUCAUUGGACUUCCGCACGGUUCACCUUAAGUUCUUUUAGUUUGCCUCACCGUUGUUGCUUUUUCUCAUUAUUCUUGUGGGCGUGUCUAAUUGCGCCCCUCAUGCUAUUACCACGGCAUCCCCACACCGAGGCCUUGUCUGUUUGGAGUAUUCUAAACUCAUUUCUUCUCUUUCUGUCUUGUCAGUGAUGACAAUGAGAAAACUCACGUUUUGUUUUCCUGAUGCUGUUUCUUCUUUUGAGAAAGUCUAUAUAUACUUUUAUAUUUUAAUGUACUAAAAAUGCAUUUAUGUGUGCAAAUUUUAUUAAAAAAAAAAAAAAAAAGA